AUUAUGACUCCUUAAACAUACUAAUCGGCGAUGUUUCCUUCUAAUAGAGUGAUGAUAUUAUAAAAAACUAUAUGUAAAAGAAACACUAGAUGACUUCUUGCCACCUCUGCAGCCAUUGCUUUAGGUCUCCGGGGGAAAAAGAGAAUGGCAGCUCCGGGGAAAUGCUUCCUCGUCACCGGGCCUCCCGGAGUAGGAAAGAGCACUCUAAUCAUGAGAGUGUUGGAAAGCCUCAAAACCUCAAACCCUAACUUAAAGGUUCAGGGUUUCUACACUCGUGAGAUAAGGCAAGGAAGUGAGAGGGUAGGGUUUGAAGUUGUUACCUUACAUGGUCGCAAGGGGCCUUUAGCUUCUUCAACAAACACAUGCCCAGAGUCUAUAAGAUGGCCUAGUGUUGGAAAGUACAAAGUAGAUGUUGCAUCUUUUGAGUCGCUGGCAUUGCCUGAGUUGCAGGUACAAGAAGACACUGAUCUCUUCAUCAUUGAUGAGGUUGGAAAAAUGGAGUUGUACAGCUCUUCAUUCUUACCCGCAGUGUUGAAAGUUCUAGAAUCAAAUAUCCCGGUGUUGGCUUCCAUCCCCAUUCCCAAAUUUGGCAGGGAUGUACCUGGAGUUGCAAGGUUGAGGAAUCAUGGAGGGGCAACCAUUUUUACACUGAACACAAGCAACAGGGAUGCUCUUAAAGAGAGGGUUUGGUCCCAGUUGGCAGACUUACUGCCUAAGCAUUAGAUGUGCUGAGUAUGGCAGUAAACUCAUGUUGGCUGCUUUCUUCUGCCUGCAAAUGAACUCUUGUGCCGGAUGAAACCUUCUGCUCUGUACUUGAAUCGUUUUCUUGCUAAUGCACAAAUAGAUUUUUGCUUGAGAAAAGAAGCAAUUGCAGUUUAUAUUUCAUGAUCCCUGAACCCACAUGAGGGAAAAAUGUUUGAUUAUUUAUGUGGGACGACAAAACAUCCUGCUUUUGGCUAUUGUUGUUACUUUCAUACUGCUUGGUUUAUUAAAAUUGUGUCAUGCCUUAAAACAA